AUAUUUAAAAAUACUAGACUUGCUAUAUCUCAACCGCGCGCCGCGAGCCGUGCGCCGUUGACGGGUGACGGAAACCGGUUCGGCGAACUAUCCCUCCUAUGAGGCGACGCGAGCAGAGCCGGCGGUCAAUCGCGAGACGGUCACUAGCACGACACCGCGAGCCGAUACAGUACUGGUCUAUGUUGGUUUUUAACUCGCUGGUAUAUCGCAUUUAAUUUUAUCCUAAAUUAACUAUUGUGCUUUUAAAAUCACUAUUAGAAUCAGUGUAUACCCCAGAUCGGGGUUCAAGUACCUGACUACCUCCAGUGCACCUACCGUAGUGCACCUACCCUCAGUGCACCUACCUACGCGCUUGUCUACCUACGUGCCUGUGUCUACCUACGUGCCUGUGCCUACCUACGUGCCUGUGCCUACCUGCGUGCCGCGCCUAUCUACGUGUCCUGCAUCUACCUACGCGUCCGGCAUCUACUAGCGCGCUGCACACCUACCCCGCCUGACCGCUGCCGAGCUGCCUGACUAUACAGGAUAGUGGUGUUUCUAUAGCGGGCCAGAACUUAACGCGUGCUCGAUAUUUCUAAACUCACUUCCGGCUCUGCCGAUAUCUUUUUAUAGAAUAUAGACUUAUACUAAAUUACUAAAUUUCUUUUUUUAUUUUCUACCUACUAGUCUACCUACUACUAACCUAAACGUUACAGUGGCGCCCAAUAAUGGUAGAAUAUAUCGAGCUGUGUUUAGUUCUUGUUUGCUAAGCAUUUUGUAGUUGUCCUGGUGUUGGUUGUCUGUCAGUUGUGUUGAAUUUAAUCACAGCCUACCAAAUGUGAAUCUACCCACAUCUGUUUAAUAAUUAUUUUUUUUCUAAUAUUUAAAUUCAACCGUCCAUUUUUUUGUUUGACCUACCGUCAAUAUUUUUCUACCCCCAAAUUUUAUUUUUUUCUUCACAUUUAAAUUCAAAGUUUACAUACCUUAAAUAUAUUUUCACAUAUGGUUAGACUGACCACAAACGUGCUGAUUUGCAUCCGAAUUGUUUUGUCUUUAUUAUUUUUGUCUUUAUUUUGCAACACACUCCUAACUGCGGUUUAAUUUUCAAUUAUGUCAUACACUAUUAAAUUCUUAUCGCUUCAAAAAGCUGAAUUAGAGUAUGAGGUCGCUGUGCGUGGAGGGGUAGCUGCUGAUUCAGUUAACGAACUCAGGAGACAAAUAGUAAAAUUAUCUUUAGCCUUGCCUUCAGAAGACAUUCUAGAAUCUCACCUAGAGCCUUUUGAUGACCUGAAAGCAGUGAGGGAAUCUUUAAUAAAGUCCCACAAUAAUAUAAUUUCUCUUAAAACUAAAUUAGAUAAAAACCUAUUUACACGCACGGAAACCUUACUCCAUCACAUCUAUCAUCGCUUGAAUAGAAUAGACUAUUCAUCGGCUGACGUUGCUGAAGCUUAUAAAAGUUGCCGUUCACAUUUCAAUUCUCAAUAUAAAGAUUUGACGUCAUUUAAGAUGCAGUCUUCACAAGUGCCUCAAGUCGCGGAUAGUUCGCCAGACCCUAUUAAAGAGCUUGUCAACGUGUCGGUCAGUUGCGAGCGAAAGCUUUUCUCGGAAAUAGGAAAACUUAAAUACUCGGGCAAGACUUGUGUUAGGGCAUUCAUUCAGAAAGUUAAUGAGUUUAUUCAGAGCAGAUCUAUACCUCAGGAGAAAAUUCUUGCUUUCGCCUUUGAGAUCUUCACGGAUGACGCCUUACACUGGUAUCGGUGCAUCAAGGACAGAGUUGAGACUUGGGAUGAGGUAGUCGUUUUGUUAAAGCAGGACUUCAGUGAAAACGAUUAUGACUAUAGGUUACUCGCAGAGAUACGUGCGCGUACACAGGGUGAACUAGAAAAUAUUACUAUAUAUAUAGCUAUUAUGCGUGGUAUGUUUUCAAGGUUGGGGAAGCCCUUACCAGAGGAGGAUCAGUUGGAAAUAUUACUGCAUAAUAUUAGGCCUUGUUAUGCAAGCACUCUAGCAUCUUCAGCAAACAUAACCGAUAUUGACAGCCUCCAGAAUAUAUGUAGGAAUUAUGAAAAUAUACAAUCUAGACUCAAGCGGUUUCGUGAGCCACCUAAAGUUAGUGCUGAUACUGUAGCCCCAGAGUUUGCAUAUACGAAGCAAGCUACUACAAGUAAUUCUAAUAAUAACUAUAAAAACUACAAACAACUAAGUCAUAAUUUUAAUACUAACUAUUCUAAAAACUAUUCUAAUAAUUAUAAUAAUCACUACAAUAAAUAUAAAACUACUUCUAAUCCAGCACAGCAGGAAAAUCACAAUUUACACGUAAAUGAGAUGGCACCUGCCAACGAUGAUAACAAUAAAAAAAACGUAUACUGCCCUAGAUGUAGAUCUCAAACACAUUCUUUGGGUUCAUGUCAAAAGCCUCGUUUUCUUAUCUGUUUUAAAUGCGGAAGGAAGGGUGUGAAGUUUCCUGACUGCCCUAAUUGUAAUGCAGGGUUAGCAAAAAACUAAAUC